CGCCACCCGAUCUUUCUUGGGCGCUCGGCUCAGUGCGAGAACGAGAGAAGAGAGAGAGCGAGACAGAGUGUGUCCACUCCUCCGAUCUCCCUCUCUCUGGUGCAGGGGCUUAGGGGCAGUUCGAUCGCUGAGAGUCUGGGUUGAAUAAAAGACGGGCGCAAUGGUGGUGGAGGUUCUUGCGCUUUCCCUUCCGGCUCCGGCUUCUCAAUGGGAGCGAGUGUCAUCGUCACACCAGGCCAGCACUCGAGGAGUGAUGGAGAUGGCGGCCCCAGAGUUAAGAGUUGGAAAUAUUGCCUGUCUGGGUUUUUCUAACAACAGGUUGUUCCCUCGAUUAUUAUGUACCACAGAUAAGCUACUGCAAACUACUGGUUUUCCAAGAGAAAGCCACCAGAGAUCCAAGAGUUGCAUCAACCACAGACAUUGCUCAAGCUGGCUUGAGCCGUAUUCUUUGUUUGAAGGAAAGGGGCCACCUGAAAAGUAUUCCUCAUGUGUGAAGGCAUUUGUAGCUACUGGAGCCCAGGAUUCAGACAGGAAGCUUUUGGUUGCCAAUGAGAAAAUUGGAGUUUUGUUGCUUAACCUAGGAGGCCCUGAAACUCUCGAUGAUGUGCAGCCUUUCUUGUUUAAUCUUUUUGCUGACCCAGAUAUUAUCCGGCUACCACGGUUAUUUCGAUUCCUCCAAAAACCAUUGGCACAGUUUAUAUCUGUUGUCAGAGCUCCAAAGAGCAAGGAAGGCUAUGCUUCUAUUGGAGGUGGUUCUCCCUUAAGGAAGAUUACAGAUGCGCAAGCUGAAGAGUUAAGGAAAGCCCUUGAAGCAAAGAACGUCCCUGCAAAGGUGUAUGUGGGAAUGCGCUAUUGGCACCCGUUCACUGAAGAAGCAAUUGAACAAAUCAAGAAAGAUGGCAUUACCAAACUUGUUGUGCUUCCUUUGUAUCCUCAGUUUUCGAUCUCAACAAGUGGUUCCAGUCUUAGACUGCUAGAAAGCAUAUUUAGGGAGGAUGAGUAUCUGGUUAACAUGCAGCACACGGUUAUACCUUCUUGGUACCAACGGGAAGGAUACAUCAAGGCCAUGGCAAAUCUGAUUGAGAAGGAACUCCAAAAUUUUGAAUCCCCUGGAGAGGUAAUGAUGUUCUUUAGUGCUCAUGGAGUACCACUAGCAUAUGUUGAAGAAGCUGGCGAUCCAUAUAAAGCAGAGAUGGAAGAGUGUGUGGAUCUGAUCAUGGAAGAGCUGGAGAGACGGAGAAUUAGGAAUGCUUAUACUCUUGCUUAUCAGAGUCGAGUUGGGCCAGUUGAAUGGUUAAAGCCUUACACGGAUGAGACGAUAAUAGAUCUGGGUCAAAAAGGAAUUAAGAGCCUUCUUGCUAUUCCCAUCAGCUUUGUUAGCGAGCACAUUGAAACCCUUGAAGAAAUCGAUGUGGAGUACAAAGAGUUGGCUUUAGAAUCUGGUAUAGAGAAAUUUCGCCGGGUUCCUGCCUUGGGUUGUGAGCCCCUGUUCAUUUCGGAUUUGGCUGAUGCUGUAAUAGAGUCUCUGCCAUAUGUUGGUGCAAUGGCAGUCUCUAACCUUGAAGCUCGUCAAUCCCUUGUUCCUCUUGGUAGUGUGGAGGAGCUUUUAGCAACUUAUGAUUCUCAACGUAGAGAACUUCCACCGCCUGUUGUUGUAUGGGAAUGGGGUUGGACCAAAAGCGCAGAGACAUGGAAUGGCAGGGCCGCAAUGCUUGCUGUGCUUGUUUUGCUUGUUCUGGAAGUAACCACCGGUGAAGGCUUCUUGCAUCAGUGGGGUGUGCUCCCGUCAGUUCAUUAAGCAGGUCUUUGUAGUGUAAUGCAUCUGUUUUUGCUACUUGUCACCAUUCCGAAUAACAACCAUGAACUAAUAAAUGAAAUUUAUAUGGAUACGACUUGCGGAGUGUAUAUACUAUAUACUGUAUAAUUAGUUGAGAUACGUAUAUGGAUGUCUCCAGCGAGUUAUUAAUGUUCUUA